AUGUCCGCCCAAACAGGAUCUACCAAUGUUUCCGCCGAUAAAGGCAAAGGCAAAAGCGUCGCCGAGCCUCAAGAUGUAACUAUGGGUGAAGGCGAAGAUAGCUCCAGUGAGGAUGAUGUAAGAUCUCAAGGACUAAAAACAGCUGCUCGUGAGCAUUAUUUAACGACAUACAUAGCUGAAGAAGUCGAAGAGGAAGCGUCGGACAACGAAAUCGAUAAGAGCAAUAUUAUUCAAGGUCGCCGUACUCGUGGCAAGAAAAUCGACUUCGCCGCAGCUGCUAAGGACCUUCCAGCCGAAGAUGACGAAGACGAGGACGAUGACUUCCAAUCAGAAGGAGAGGAUGAUGACGAGAUGGGAGGAAAUUAA